GUUACUUCCUUUCAACGAUCGCUUGAGGGAGGCGCAACUAACAUCUUGACGAUUUUAUACUCUUUGGCGUGGACACUUCACCGGCCUGCCGACGUGGCGGGGCGGAAGAGGAGUCGCCGGCUGGUGGUACCAAGCGGAUCACCAUGUCCCAGUCUGACCCCACUGACAGAGAGAACCUCCCUCCACCAGGAGAGCUGCCACACCCUGACCUCAAAUGUGGGAAUGAUGUUCCUGAAGCCCCAACUGAAGUUCAGCAGUCUCAGAAGACCUCUGAGAGUGCCCCGCAGACCACUGAGGAGACGACCAAGGACACCGGCGAGACUCUGACUUCUGAGAGUCCAGAGCCAGAGGGUCAACUGAGUGAAUGUGACCAAUCAGUGAGCCUGGAUGGUGCUGCGGAGGAGAAAGAUGGCAAGAGCUUAAGUCAAGUAAAUGAGCAAGCUUGGGGAGGAUGGGGUUCAUGGGGCAAAUCACUCCUUAGCAGCGCCACUUCCACAGUGGGUCAUAGUUUGACAUCUGUCAAGGCGAAGGCAGGAGAAGCUCUGCGUCUCCACAGGACCUCUGUUGGCGAAGAAGCCAAAGAGGAAGAGGGUGAUACAGUGGAGGAAAAGCAAGAGGGAGGGGAGGAAAGCGUCCAGCAGUCAGGCUUUGAAGACACAAACUCUUCUGGGACUGCUGCCUCUAACAGGGGCGUGUUCUCUGCUAUCUCCAAUGUUGUGCACAACACGGGUAAAUCUGUGCUCAGCGGAGGUCUCGAUGCUUUGGAGUUCAUCGGAAAGAAGACCAUGACUGUUUUGGCUGAGAGCGAUCCGGGUUUCAAAAAGACCAAGACACUGAUGCAGAAGACUGCCUCGCUGAGUCAGAUGUUGAAGGAAGCCAAGGAGAAGGAGCGAGCACGGCUGAGCAACCAGCCCAUCAGCGCACCGACGGCUCAUUAUGGGAUUCUUUUUGAUGACUACCAGGGCUUGUCCCACCUUGAGGCUCUGGAGAUAUUGUCCAACGAGAGUGAGGCCAAGGUCCAAGCAUUCCUCUCCUCCCUCGAGGAAGAAGCGCAGGACGAAGUGAAGAAAGAGUUGAUUUUCAUCAAGGAUGUCUUCAUCAAGAGAGAUGAAGAAAAAGAAGAGGAGACCCAAAAUGAAGAGCAGACGAAGGAAUCUGAUGAAGUUGAUGAAGAGUUUAUGAGUGUUCUUACUGAGUUGCUGUUCGAGCUUCAUAUUGCUGCUACACCAGACAAACUGAACAAGGCUCGGAUGAGCGCCCACGAUUGGGUGAGCAAGGUGGAGCGGCCUGUCACAAUAGAGACAGUUGGCAGGGAGACGGAGGAACAGCAGGGAGAGGAGAAAGAGAAGGAGGAGGAAGAGGUGAUGGAAAAUGUAGCAGCGAGUGUGGAAGAGGAUGCAAAGACAAAGAAGGUGGACGGGCUCCAGUCUGUGGAGUCCAUCUACUUGUCAUCAGUGGGCAGUCUGGCCGAAGUGACGGCCCGGAGUAUUGAGCAGCUCCACAAAGUGGCAGAACUCAUCCUCCACGGCCAAGAGCAGGAACAGGAGAAACCAGCAAGGGAUCAGGCACAUGUCCUCACCAGGUUAACAGCUGCUAUGUGUAAGGAAGUGGAAUUUUUGGCAAGAAAGUUCUCGGAUACGCUACUUGUAGUUGGGUGUCAGAGGAAAGCUGAAGAGCUGAGUCCACUCGUUGACAGUGUGCUGCUAGAGGGCUCCAACAGCACCAACUACAUUCAAAACGCCUUUCAACUUCUGUUGCCCGUCCUGCAGAUCUCCCACAUCGAGAGCCAACGCUCUAAAACCGCAGAACCAGCACACGUGCAGCAAUAACACAUGGGUACACACUAUUGUAUGUACAUAAGCGUGAAAGAAAUCCGACACUAAGAGCUUCUGUCUGCGCCGUCAGAAGAUGUUUAUUUAUGUGUAUAAUACAAAGCUAACGUUGACAUGUUAAAUAUCCCACAGUCAGCCUGUAUGUCGCUGACCCAAAUGUUGUUUUAACUUGGAUAUGUCCAGCCAUGAACUGAAUACAAAGAUAAUCAUCUCCAAAAUGUCAGAAUAACCAAAAUGUGUUUGUGUUUACAUUAAUAUAAGAAUACGCUUAGCACUCUUUGCACUCCACUGCAUUGAUGGACACGAGAGGAAAAAAAUUACUCUUAAAAAUGCCAGUAUUCAUGAUUAUUGCUCUUUGAGUUUUAUAUUAUUUGACAUCUAACCCAAAGUGAUAUCACCUUGAAGAAAAUGUAUUUCUUAACAUUGUAUCCACUAGGAUCGAAUGCAAAUGGAACGUAUCGAUAUGCAAUAAAAGCUAUGGUGAGAUGUCAAAUUUGAUUCAACUUAAGAUUUAUUCAACCUGUUUUCAUUGCUUUUAACCAUCUUCUGUGCCUUCAACAUUUAGAGAGCCAUCAGGACUGAUUUUCUUUUAGCCACAUGACAAAAUUUGCAGUUAGUCAUUUAUAAAUAUUAGUGGAUGUAAUGUUUGAAAAAAUAAGACUUUAGGACAGAUGAUGACGUCAUGUUGAUUUUUCUUGGUGGAACUAAAGUUGUGUUCUGUCCAUUAGCUCAGCUCCUCUUUGGGGUAAAGUAAGAGUUGGACGGUGAUGAAGAUUAGCUGAAAGAGAUUGAUAAAAUUGAGGGUAAAUAUUUAAAGUGAGAGCCUCCUCGAGGUCCCUGUACCACCUUUUCCAAUCUACAGCCUAACUUUUACAUGAAGUGGGGUACACUAUAGCAUAAUACCUAAAAGCAUACUGUAUGUACUUUUCUAUUAAGCUUUAUACAU